CAGCAACACCACCUCAAUUGCCCCCACCUUUAACUCUCCCUCUAUUUCUCUCGCUAUCUUACACAGUCACAGUCAUCCUCAUCCAGAUCAAGGGAAGAAAGAUGCCCCUCGACACAAUCUACCUCACCCGCCACGGUCAUCGUCUAAACUGGACAAUCGACUACAAAACAGGCACCUACCACUCGCAAUUCCCCACGCCCACCGGCAACCCCGCCGACCCCACCCUGACAUCCCACGGCGUGCGCCAAUCGCAUGAAUUGGCUGCGCAUUUCGUCAGCGCGGAUGUUUCCCCUAAGCCGUUCCGCGUCUACUCGAGUCCGUUUUAUCGCUGUUUGCAGACCAUUCAGCCGGCUGUGGAGGGGUUGAGUAAGCUGAAGCUGAAGCUGAAGCUGGAGGGGAGGGAGAAGGCGUGGAAGGGGGGUAUAGAUGAGGAUGCGGACUUUGGGGUGAGGGUUGAGUCGGGGUUGGGUGAAUGGUUCGGCCCAACAACCUUCUUCACGCACCCCUCCCCUGCCUCGCUCUCCACCCUCCACAAACACUUCCCCUCCAUCCUCCCCUCCCCCCAACCCCCAAAGGUCCAAGAAAUCCUAACCCCCUCCCCAACCGGCGAAUCCAUCCCCCAACUGCACGACCGCCUCGCAACCACACUCUCCCAGCUCCUCUCCGACCUAGACACCGAGAUCACCGCCCUGGAAUCCUCUCUCCCGCCACACCGCCGCACCAGCAAAGCGGUGCUGAUCUGCUCGCACGCCGCGCCGCUGAUCGCCAUGGGCCGGGUGCUCACCGGACGUAUGCCCGACGAUCCGGCCGAAGAGGAUUUCGCGGUGUUUACGGCGGGGGUGAGUACUUUUGUCAGACGUAGACAACCUUCAUUUGACGGUGCUGGAGUUGGAGUAGAAGUGAAGUAUGGCCCCAAAGACGCCGGCUACGGCGGCACCGAAGCCGGGCAUCUCGCCCCCGGAACGAGGAGCAUGCGAGAGAGCGAUGGAGGGGAAUUGGAAUUGGUGGUUCCCGAGUGGAGGGGAGGGAGGGGGGUUGGGGGCGGAUGGGAGUGUGUGAGCAAUGGCGAUUGUGGGUUUUUGAGUCAGGGGAGGGAGAGGGGGUGGCACUUCAAUGGCGAAGAGGAUUUUGAUACCGGCGCUAUGGCUGGGUCUGGGGCUUUGCCGACGUCGAGUUUGGAUACGAAGGCCGAGGUGGAGGUGGGGGUGGACGGGGGGAGUAAACUGUGA